UUUCCUUUCACCAACAUCUCGCUCAAUUGGUUCUUUCCUUAUUUAAUUUUCUUUUCCUUUAAUUGUGGGCUUUUUCUCAACUUCACAAUUUUAAGUGAAUAUCAAGGAACCGACACUAUUUGAUUGAUACCCCCAUCUCUUUCACUCGCUCGAGUUGAUUUGAGUUCACACAAAAAUUAGUGGAAAAAGCUUCAAUUUUUUGUAGUAAGUAUAUUAUAUGGACGUGGAAUUUUGGGUUUUCUUGUGUAGUAGAUCUCAAGUUCGCCUAUAGGAAAAAAUCAAAUCUUGAAAUAGUUUAAAUAUGACGUGUGUGUAUAUGUAUAUAUAUUAUAGAGCCCGCUUCCUUCUAUAGCAGAUCACCUGUUCUCUAGCUGGUAAAGGAUAAAUUUUUCACAUGGAUUAUCUGUAGUAUUAAUAUAUAGCCAGAUUCUUUUUAAGGGGUUAUUUAAUAGACGUAUCCCACUUGAAUGGGAUUGUGAUUACCUAUAAAUUUUUAAGCUGCCAUUCUCCGGAGGCGUGUUGUAAGGAAAUCUCUUUCUCUCUCUUAUUCGCCGUUGGAGAUUAAUGAUUCAGAACAUGCCUUUCAAGGACUUCUUCACCGAGUAUGGUGAAGCAAAUUUAUAUGAAAUCCAAGAGGUUGUUGGUAAGGGAAGUUAUGGUGUUGUGGCUGCCGCAGUUGAUACUCACACUGGAGAAAAGGUGGCCAUAAAGAAGAUCAAUGACAUUUUCGAGCAUGUCUGUGAAGCUACUCGCAUUCUCAGAGAGAUCAAACUCCUCAGGUUGCUUCGGCACCCAGACAUUGUUGAAAUUAAGCAUAUCAUGUUGCCUCCAUGUCGGAGAGAAUUCAAGGAUAUAUAUGUUGUGUUUGAGUUGAUGGAAACAGACCUUCACCAUGUAAUCAAGACAAAUGAUGAUCUUACUCCUGGGCAUCAUCAGUUCUUUUUGUAUCAGUUGCUCCGAGCUUUAAAAUAUAUCCAUUCAGCAAAUGUGUUCCACCGGGAUUUGAAGCCCAAAAACAUCCUUGCUAAUGCAGACUGCAAGUUGAAAAUAUGCGACUUUGGGCUAGCUCGUGCAUCAUUUGGUGAUGCCCCAUCUGCUGUUUUCUGGACUGAUUAUGUGGCGACCCGGUGGUAUCGCGCUCCUGAACUUUGUGGUUCCUUUUUUUCCAAAUACACCCCGGCUAUUGACAUCUGGAGCAUAGGAUGCAUAUUUGCAGAAAUGGUCACUGGAAAACCAUUGUUUCCUGGGAAGAAUGUUGUCCACCAGUUGGAGCUCAUAACUGAUCUUCUUGGCACACCUUCUCAUGAAGCUAUCUCAAGGAUUCGAAAUGAGAAGGCCCGAAGAUAUUUGAGUAGCAUGAGAAGGAAAGCACCUAUACCUCUAUCACAAAGGUUUCCAGAUGUUGAUCCCCUGGCUCUUCGUUUACUUGAGCGUCUAAUUGCAUUUGAUCCCAAAGAUCGCCCAUCUGCUGAAGAAGCAUUGUCAGAUCCAUAUUUUUACGGGUUGGCAAAUGUGGAAGAUGAACCGUCAACUCAACAUAUCUCCAAAUUCGAGUUUGAGUUUGAAAGAAGAAAGUUAACGAAAGAAGAUGUGAGGGAACUAAUCUACCGGGAGAUCUUGGAGUAUCAUCCCCAGAUGCUCCAGGAGUACCUCCGUGGCGUGGACCAAGUUCACUUUAUGUAUCCAAGUGGAGUCGAUCAAUUUAAGCAACAGUUCUUCCGUCUGGAGGGACAAGCAGGCAAACUAGGCAGACCACCAAUGCGAAGGCGCUAUGCUUCCUUGCCCAGGGAACGCGUGUGUGGGCUGAUUGAUGAAGAUCCAGACACAAGUGAUUCGAGAAGUCAAGCCGUGGUGCCAGUUCCACGUCCAGUCGUACAGAGCCCCAAAAAUUCAUUUGAUAUUAAAAGAUCAGAAGUUCGAAAUGCGAGUGCAAAAGCUAGGAAAAAUGAUCAUAACAAAUCGUGCUACAGUGCCCGUUGCUUGCUAAGAAGUGAUAGCAUCAGUGCUUCCAAAUGUAUUGGAGUGCAAGGAGAAGACUACCUGUGAUGUGAGGUGCAAUUGCCUUGUGUCUAGCAGAAUCGGAUAGUGACAGUGUGUGUUUCUCUUCCGUACAAGUUGGUUGGUUGAUUUAUUCACUUGCUGGAAUACAGGAGUGGUUUAUGUUUCAUUUAUGGACGCUUUGUUUUCUUGUUACAUCAACUGUGUGUAAUACUUGUUUCAGUAUUUUCAUUGUAACCAUUGAACAAUUCGUCUAGACAUCCGAUGCUCUCAUGAAAAGAUUUGCACUUCUUAGCUUGUACUUGUCAUUGGGCUGUAAUCCCAUUUUGAAUUUCAGUCUUUCUUUUCAUUUU